GCACUCCCCCCGAAACCACGUGCGACCGAGGGCCCAGGUUGUGUUCCCCUUUGUUUUUGGAAGUCCCGUCUGUCGGUGCAACCUUCUCUCCCUCUCUCGCUCCUCUCCCUCUCCUUCUCUCUCUCUUUGUCGCUUCUCCAUCUCUCUCUCUCUCUCUCUCUCUCGACUCUCUCUCUCUUUGUCUCCCCCCCCUUCCUCUCUCUCUCUCUCUCUCUCUCUCUCCUCCUGUCUCGCUCUUUCCCACAUCAGCCAGCAUCGACGGGGACCAUGACGCCGACUUGUUGGGGUGCGAGCUAUAGAUGAACAGGAGAGGGGGGAGGGGAGGACGGGGAAUGGGAGAGGAAGCGCGGGAAGGGGCAUUUGUUGGAUUGCGCUGUUUGGUGAUGUGGAAUGUUAUGGAAGGUUGUAGGUGUAAUGUUGUGGAAGGGUGGAGGGUGUGGUGAUGGGGCAUGAGUGGCUGGGAUGAGUGAAGAAGGAAAGGACAGAUACUCAUAAACGACGGAGGCGGCGUUGUUGUUGUUAUAGGUAUUAUAUAUCGGGUAAGAAACGGGGACUCAAGUGGGUUAAGAACCUUCCCUCCUCCUUUCUGCCUGUGGCCCUCUCUCGCUCCUCAAGUUGUUCGGUUCAGCGAAGCUUUGCAGUCGUUCGGUGAUGAAGCCGUGGAGUACUCGAAGGACCGGCGGCGGAGGUGGUGGGGACCACAUCAAAUCUAGUGGAGGAGGGGUGCCGUCCGGGGGUGGGUCCUCUCAUUUAGUACCCCCUCCUCCUCUAGAAUGGAAGUUUGGACAGGUCUUUGGAGAGAGAGCCGCGGGCGAAGAAGUACAAGAAGUGGAUAUCAUUUCUGCAAUUGAGUUCGACAAAUCCGGGGAGCACCUGGCGACAGGAGACAGAGGUGGACGUGUAGUCCUUUUCGAGAGGGUAGAUGGGAGAGACCAGGAAAGAUCCAGAAGACAGUAUGAAAGAAUGGAUCAGUCGGCAAGAACUAUUGAGUAUAGGUACUCCACGGAGUUCCAGAGUCAUGAGCCUGAGUUUGACUACUUGAAGAGCUUGGAGAUCGAGGAGAAGAUCAACAAGAUUCGGUGGUGUUAUACAGCAAAUGGUGCCCGCUUUCUUCUCUCCACAAACGACAAGACGAUUAAGUUAUGGAAGGUUUUUGAGAGGAAAGUGAAGUUUGUGACAAAUUUCAAUGUUGAGCCAACGAAGGUGGUCGCAAGCAACGGGUUAUUGGGAGGUAGCCCGCUUGGAAGCCCGCGAGCGCCAAGGAUGAAUGGGAGUCUAUCACCCCUGGCAAGGCGGCCAAGUCAGGUGCUCGAGGGAGUUACGAUACCUAGGGGUGGCUUCCCAAAUCUACGUUUACCAUCAAUUGAGUGGAGGAAUGAAACGGCACUUGUUGCCAGGUGCAGACGGGUUUUUGCAAAUGCCCAUGCGUAUCACAUAAACUCCAUUUCCAAUAACAGCGACUUGGAAACAUACAUCUCUGCAGAUGAUUUGCGGAUAAACCUUUGGAAUCUCGAAGUGAGUGAUCAGAGCUUCAACAUUGUUGACAUCAAGCCCGUCAACAUGGAAGACCUGACAGAGGUGAUCACAUCGGCGGAAUUUCACCCAGGACAUUGCAAUGUCCUUGCUUACAGUAGCUCAAAGGGAACGAUCAGGCUCAUUGACUUACGGCAGUCAGCCCUUUGCGAUAGGCACGCAAAGCUUUUUGAGGAACAGGAGCCUCCAGGGAAUAGGUCAUUUUUCUCUGAGAUAAUUGCUUCGAUUUCUGAUAUCAAGUUUUCGAAAGCGGGUCGGCAUAUUCUCAGUAGGGACUACAUGACUCUAAAGCUCUGGGAUUUGAACAUGGAGUCUGCACCAGUUGCGACAUUCCGAGUGCAUGAGCACCUGAGAGCUAAGCUUUGCGAUUUGUAUGAGAACGAUAGCAUUUUUGACAAGUUCGAGUGCUGCUUGAGUGGAAACGGUGACCGAGUCUCAACUGGUUCUUACAGCAACUUGUUCCGGGUGUUUGGAACCGUUCCAGGGAGUGUGGAGGCGAGCACUCUAGAAGCGAGCAAGACACCAAACAGGAGGCAAGUAUACGUUCCUGGACGGCAGGGAAGAAUGUCUGGUGUUGGCGGCCGAUCACGGCAACAGAGGCGAGCAGCAAAUGCAGAGGGAGUGGGACCUGACGGCGGCAUCGGGACCAACGACUUCACCUCGAAGCUUCUGCAUUUGGCGUGGCACCCUUCGGCAAAUUUGGUGGCCUGUGCUGCAUCGAAUAGUCUGUACAUGUAUUAUGCGUAGGGGGGGAGGGGGACUAGGGAAAAGUGUUUCUGAAGGGGAGGAGGAGGUGGGAGGAGGGGAGGAGGUAUGGAUGGUGAGCAUGGAUUGGGCUGUCAGGUUGGCAGGAGCGCGGAGAUUUGAUGGGUGCAGGCCGGGUGCUGGCAGCACUGAAGUUGGGUGGCUUAAUUUUUUUCCUCUUUAGGGUCAUACGUCUACUAGAGAACGUUCUUUGAGAAUCCAUUGCACCUCGCUUGGGUUCUCUCUCUCUCUCUCUCUCUCUCUCUCUCUGUGUGUGUGUGUGUGUGUGUGUGCCCCCCUCUCUCUCGCUCUCUCUCACAUACACACAACACAGACACUCUCUCUCACUUCCUUUGUCUUACAAUGGCCUCUUCCAUCCUCCCUCACACAUCAAUAUUCAAAUCUGCGACUCCAUUGUUGCUGUCGUUCUCAGCGGUUUGUUUGUCGAUCUGUUAUUGUGACUUUGUGUAUUGCUGGUUCAUAGCGCUAAUUAUCUCCUGCAAAUCCAGCGGAGAUAAUGUAUCUGGGACAAAGGCCUGUGCCAGAGUUAUUUCUUGGACAGAGUUGGGAUCGUAGAUUGAGCUAGAGGAUUUAGACCGUUGUGUCCUUGAGCUACCACCCACUUUUCCCAAGACUCUGUCUCUAUCUUCCUUUCUCUCCCUUUUUCUAGCUCCUCUCCGUAUCCCUCUCUCUCCUCCUCUCCUUGUCUUCUCCCCUCUCUUCCCCCCUCCUGCUUUCCCUGUCUCCCUCUCGCUUCCCCUCUCUUCUCUCCCUCUCUCUCCCUUGCUCUCAGUCUUCCCUCUGCCUGCUUUCACUCUUUCCUGCUCCCCAUUCCCCCUGUCUCUUAUACACAUCUAGAUGUGUAUAAGAGACAGCUCUCUCCCCAUGGGCCUUUCCCACUUUCUGCUCUUUUCUGCCCUUAUAUCAGCUCGCUAACUUGGUUUUUUAAGGGUAUCUAGCUUUUCAUCAUUUCUUAGACUUGAAUAUAUGUGAUUUCUGCUUUAUGCCUUAAUAUAGUGGAGUUUUUCCAUGGCGCGAUUUCUUCCGUUCCGCCUUCUGUUUCAGGUUUCAUGGCUGGCACUGUUUUGGAAGCGAUUUCCAUCUCUUUGAUUCAGCCUUCACCAUUCUAUUCCUGUUUCCAUGACUCGUUUCGACUUUCAGCCUUCAGGUCUAAAAUCUUCUGUUAUGGAUCAUCAUCAUCAUUCUCUGAAGGCAUGUUCCUUUGGCAUAACAAUCGAGGUACGACACCUAUAUACUUACGUCGGCAGUUCUUUGCUUCCUUGUCUCUUGUUUUCUUGCUGGUUUCCAGCGGCGCUUCUGCCCUUCUGCUCUCUCUCUCCCUUCUCUCUCCAUCUCUGUACAUUUUCCUUCCUUCUUGGCAUGUUACUGACUACCUAACUCCUUCCCGAUUCAUGUUAAAGCGGUCCGUCUUCAUCAAGUUGACCCUUCUGCACUCUCCCUUCUCUCUCCGUCUCUAUUUAUAAAAUACUGAGGUAGACUCAAAUGGUUUUCUUAAGUAGGCUGUAUCUGGUGGAGUGCUGCUGCUGCUGCUGCUGCUGCUGCAUCAUAUAUAUGAUAUAUAUAUAUAUAUUGUCAUAUUUUGAAUUCACCACAGA